GCAGAGCGCAGCCGAGCGCCGCACUCCCUGCCGCGCCCCCGUGCCCAGGGUGCCGCCGCGGCCGCCGCAGCGCAGCCUCCCGCCGGUUGUAUGGUCCAGGCAUCAAUGAGGAGCCCAAACAUGGAGCCGUUCAAGCAGCUGAAGGUGGAGGACUUUUACGACAUAGGAGAAGAGCUGGGGAGCGGCCAGUUUGCCAUCGUGAAGAAGUGCAGGGAGAAGAGCACGGGACUGGAGUAUGCAGCCAAGUUCAUCAAGAAGCGGCAGAGCCGGGCGAGCCGGCGUGGCGUGAGCCGGGAGGAGAUCGAGCGGGAGGUGAGCAUCCUGCGGCAGGUGCUGCACCCCAACGUCAUCACGCUGCACGACGUCUACGAGAACCGCACCGACGUGGUGCUCAUCCUCGAGCUAGUGUCUGGAGGAGAGCUCUUCGAUUUCCUGGCCCAGAAGGAGUCACUGAGUGAGGAGGAGGCCACCAGCUUCAUUAAGCAGAUCCUGGAUGGGGUGAACUACCUUCACACAAAGAAAAUUGCUCACUUUGAUCUCAAGCCAGAAAACAUUAUGUUGUUAGACAAGAAUAUUCCCAUUCCACACAUCAAGCUGAUUGACUUUGGCCUGGCUCAUGAAAUAGAAGAUGGAGUUGAAUUUAAGAGCAUUUUUGGGACGCCAGAAUUUGUUGCUCCAGAAAUUGUGAACUAUGAGCCCCUGGGUCUGGAGGCCGACAUGUGGAGCAUAGGCGUCAUCACCUACAUCCUCCUGAGUGGAGUGUCCCCUUUCCUGGGAGACACAAAGCAGGAAACGCUGGCAAACAUCACCGCAGUGAGUUACGACUUCGAUGAGGAAUUCUUCAGCCAGACUAGCGAGCUGGCCAAGGACUUCAUUAGGAAGCUUCUGGUUAAAGAGACCCGGAAACGGCUCACCAUCCAAGAGGCUCUCAGCCACCCCUGGAUCACGUCAAAAGGAGAAGUCAGAGCCGCUGAACAGCGGAAGACAGAGCCCACCCAGCUGAAGACCAAGCACCUGAGAGAGUACACCCUCAAAUGCCACUCAAGCAUGCCCCGCAACAACACCUAUGUCAACUUCGAGCGCUUUGCCCGUGUGGUGGAGGACGUGGCUCGGGUGGACCAGGGAUGCCGUGCCCUGGCGGGGGCCCAUGAUACCAUCCAGGAUGAUGUGGAGACCCUGGUCUCCAUCUACAAUGAAAAGGAAGCUUGGUACCGAGAGGAGAAUGAACGCACCCGACACGACCUAUCCCAGCUCAAGUAUGAGUUCCGCAAAGUGGAGUCCAUGAAGAAGCUCCUGCGAGAAGACAUCCAGGCCGCAGGGGCCAGCCUCGGAGGCGUGGCCAGGAAACUGGACCAUCUGCAGGCCCAGUUCGAGGCUCUGAGGCAGGAGCUCUCAGCAGACCUACAGUGGAUCCAGGAACUGGUGGGCAGCUUUCAGCUGGAGAGUGGAAGCUCAGACAGCCCGGGCUCUGUGUUCCACCGGGACACCAGUGAAUCCCUGUCGGAGCUGCUAGGCAGAUCAUGCACUGAGGAAGUCCUGGCCGGCUGGAGGCUCUGAGCACCAGAAUCCCGUGAGGGAUGCAUCCUGGAUGGUUUGCGGAAGCAUGUUCUCAUCCGCCCUGCUGCGGCAUCCAGCUAGAAUUAAUUAUCCUGCAGGGGUGUGUGUCUGUAGCAUAGCCUUCCACCCCCUCCACAGAAGCCAGAAUCGCAGAGGUGCUGGUUCAUUAUUCAUUCUGCACCUCCCCUCACCAAUCUGGUUUCCUGAGAGGGCGCUGGCAGGGCAGGCAAGCUGUUAAAAUAAUUAGAGAAUGAAUACCCCUUAGUGUACCCUUCUCCAGAGGGAGGAUGGCUGGCCCUGGGGAGCUGCUGGAUAAUUGAUUUGUGAUGAUGGAUUUGUUCACAUCUCACGUCCUGCCUACAUGCCUUAUGGAGUGCAGAUCUUGGGCAACAUUUGAGUUGAGUAGGGAUAACUAAGUUAGCCUGGUGCUUUCCUGCUACGAAAGUGGGGAUUUAAAAUGCACAGAGAAAACAGUAUUACCUUCCGUUUGGAUUGACUUUUCACUUACCACGCACUUAUGUCAGUGACCUUGCUUGAUGCUUAAAAGAACUCUCUGAGAUAGGAAGGUGAGUGGUAUUAUUAUUUCCGUGUAACUGAUGAGAAAAUUGACUCAGAGAGGGGAAAUGACUUAGGCUCAUUCAUAGCUAGUCAGUACAGAUGAAACAGAAGCCCGAAUGCCCAUCUCUAAGAUGAGGUAUAUGGGAGGAAGUAGUUGGGCUUUGCUGUAAAUAUCCACCUUAAUAUUAAAGUUCAGAUCCCAGAGGCGAAGUAAGCGACUUCACGUAUUCUGCCAGGUGUAGGUGCAGUGCGUACACCUGUAGAUGACUGGCCCAGGAAACGUGUCCCAGAAGGCACCGUCACUGUUCCUCCCCAGCCCCAACCCUGUUUGAAGACCAGCCUGCAGAGCAGGGGGCCAGGAGCAGCAUCUCCCCCUUCUCUGCCCUUUCCCCUUCUGGCUAAGGCCCCUAACUUUGGGUGAGAAUGAAGACCGACCGAAAGGAGCUCAACAGGAAGUUCCUUUUCUUAUGUGCCCAGGCCACUGGGCCCUGAAGGUCUAAGAAAUUCCACGAGGGUUUUUGAAGAGAGUGGACAUAAAGAUUGGGAAGCACAAGGCUUCAUGGUCUCUUUGUGACCCAAAGCUGUGAGUACUGCUCCUGAGGAUUCUAAGAGCUCAUCUUUCUUUCCCUGGAGGAGGGGCCAGCCAGCAGGGUCGUGUAGACAGAGCAGGGGGUAUGGGCCCCGUGCUGUGCCAGAAGCUUAGGGGUGGGGAGAGCAGAUUGUGUAGUUAGAAAGUGCCUCCAUGGCUUCACAAAACAUCCCUGCCAGAGAGGCUGGGUAAGUGUUAUUUCCAAUUUAGAGAUGAGGAAACAGAGGAUGUGAUUUGCCCAAGGUCACAUCAUUUGUGGCAGAAAUGGAGGCCUUCUGAUGACAAGUCUGUUGCUCCUUCUGCAUCUCCUGACUGCCCGGGCUCCAGGAGUUUACUCUGCUUGUGGAGGCAGGUUACGCCCGGACUCAUGCAUUCAUCCAUCCAUCCACAGAUCGGGCACCUACCGACUUCCAGAUGCUCAACUUGACUCUGCAGAUACAAUGUUGAGUAAAAACAGGCCUCUUUCCUGCCUUCAUGGAAUGUUCAGUCCAGUGUAGGAUUCUAACAUUGAUCAAGAAUCACACAAGGGACACAUGCUAUGAAACAGAAGCGUGCAGCACUGCAAGAGCCUGCAGUAGGGGUCUCAUCUAGUCAGGGGAGGUGUCCUUGACGCAGGGAGGCUGGAGCUGAGGUCAGCUCAGCAAGCCAGGGAGAGAGAAGUGUCCCCAGCAGAGCCAUCGUGCCAGGGCUCUGUGAUGAGAGGGGACUUGGCAGGCUGCAAAUACUGGAGGGGAGCAAAUGGGAGUAUGGUGUGGACAUGGUCAGAGGGGAGGCAGGAGCAGCAGGGCUUUGGUCGCUUUAAAGCACUUUGCCUUGGCCAGGUGCGGUGGCUCAUGCCUGUAAUCCUAGCACUCUGGGAGGCCAGGGUGGGAGGAUUGCU